AUGUAUUCCAAUCACUUUGAUAUAUUCUCGAAUAUAUUCCGAUAUAUUCUCUGGUAUAUUCCUCUAAAGAGUAUAUGUGGUGUCCGAAUCGUCGGACAGCUAAGAGAAUUGGUUUAUCGAUGUGAUCAGACAACGAAAGCAUGCUCCACACAUUACUUUCAGGCAUUAGCAAAUUUGUGGGUACCACAACCUGGAAAGUACCACGAGUUCGCGGAUGCUACACGAACUUAUAUUCCCGGGGCUGAAUACAUGUCCUUCUUACAAAAUCUUCCACGUCGUACCGUCUCCACUGGAUCACUUUUUCGAGGUGACAAUGGUGACGGUAUAUCAUCAGGAAAUCAAACUUCUUCAUCUUCAUCCGUUUCAUCGCAACGACGAAAUGCGGUUGAUUUAAUGGACCAAGAUGUAAUGAUCGAACGAAAGCAGAAAAAAAAUGCCGGCAUGUUUUGUUAG